AUGGAAUCCGCCUCGCGCAACUACUUCGCCGCGCUCUCGUCGCCCCACGCGGAUGACGGCGACUGCACCCCGCCGCUCUCGCCGCCUCGGGAACCUGCUGCGAGCAGUCGCGAUGUCGACGCGCCAGUCAGCGCCGGGUCGCCUCCCGCCGGGCCUCGCAGCGUCGAGCCGGCCGUUCUCGCCGGCGGCCCGUCAGCCCAGGCGACGGGGCAUGGCGGCGGGGAACGCAGCAAGGACGGCGGGGACGUGCUUCAAGACGACGACAGCGAUUGGCGGGUGGUGGGCGACACGAGUGGCGCAAGGAGCGCGGGGGGUGGUGCGGCGACACCACCGGAGGUGGCAGCCGUGGCGGCGAGCGAGGCGCGGGCGGCGCAGGCGGUGGAGGUGAAGCUGCGGCGGCCGCUGAUAUGGGUGGACCUGGAGAUGACCGGCCUGGACGUGCAGCGCGAUCACAUACUGGAGAUCGCGUGCGUGGUCACGGACGGGGACCUCAAGCAGCGCUUCCAGGGGCCGGACCUGGCAGUGCACCAGAGCGAGCAGGUGCUGGCAGGCAUGAACGAGUGGUGCCAGCAGCACCACCACGCCAGUGGGCUGGUGGAGCGAGUGCGCAGCAGCACAGUCACCUUGGCAGACGCGGAGCAGAAGGUGCUGGCGUUUGUGAGGCGCUACUCUAAGGAAGGGCUUGCCUCGCUGGCAGGCAACUCCAUCUACGUGGACCUCAUGUUCCUGCAGAAGCACAUGCCUCGCCUGGCAGCGCAUUUCUCACACGUGCUCGUGGACGUCAGCUCCAUCAGAGCCCUCGCACAGCGCUGGUACCCCAGAGCGGCGGAGAGUGCACCGCGCAAGGAGCAGCGGCACCGAGCACUGGAGGACAUCAAUGAGACCAUCAACGAGCUCAAGCACUUUAGAGCCACCAUCUUUAAACAGCCCCCCCGCACCUCCAAGCAUGCUUGA